CACUCUCCAGGCAAGCAACAGUCUCUCUCUCUCUCUCUCUGUAUGUGUAUAGAUUCCUGAUUCUUGGAAAACCCAUUUCUUUAUUUUUCCUGGGCAGCUGAAAACCUAAGAAAUCCCUUCCCUCCAACCUUCCAACUACUACCUCUGCGACGUCCCAACACACUUAUUUUCCUGCUUUCUUUUCCCCCUUCUUGUUAAAUCUUCAUACCAACCAACCUCCUGGCUCUCCUUCAUCUCUCUCUCUCUCUCUCUCUCUCUCUCUCUCUCUCUCUCUCUCUCUCUCUCUCUCUCUCCGCAGUUCAGUACCUGAGGUUUGUGGGAGAGCAUGAAGAUCGAGAAAUGGCUCAGUUCCGGUCGCUGCCACAUUCAUUUCAUCCUAUUUCUGGUCUCGAGUUUCUGCCUGUUUGCCCAUAGCCUCCACCAAAGUCAGCAGCCAGAACGAAUCUCAGGAAGUGCUGGUGAUGUUUUGGAAGAUGAUCCAGUUGGAAGGCUGAAAGUUUUCGUUUACGAUCUGCCUAGCAAAUAUAACACAAAGAUUCUGCGGAAAGACCCUAGGUGCUUGACACAUAUGUUUGCUGCAGAAAUAUUCAUGCACAGAUUCCUACUGUCAAGUCCAGUUCGUACCCUUAACCCAGAAGAAGCUGAUUGGUUUUAUACCCCUGUGUAUACUACAUGUGAUCUAACUCCUAGUGGGCUUCCUCUGCCUUUCAAAUCCCCACGGAUGAUGAGGAGUGCCAUUCAGCUUAUUUCUACGAACUGGCCAUAUUGGAAUCGCACGGAAGGGGCAGAUCACUUCUUUGUUGUUCCACAUGAUUUUGGUGCUUGUUUUCACUAUCAGGAAGAGAAAGCGAUUGAACGUGGCAUUCUUCCUUUACUGCAACGAGCUACUCUGGUUCAGACAUUUGGUCAGCGGAAUCAUGUAUGCUUGAAUGAGGCUACGUCUAUCACCAUUCCACCAUAUGCUCCUCCACAAAAAAUGCAAGCUCAUUUGAUUCCACCAGCUACCCCUCGAUCUAUUUUUGUCUACUUUAGGGGAUUGUUUUAUGAUGUGAAUAAUGACCCAGAAGGUGGAUAUUACGCUAGAGGAGCACGAGCAUCAGUGUGGGAGAACUUCAAGGAUAACCCACUUUUUGACAUCUCCACAGAGCAUCCAGCAACUUACUAUGAGGACAUGCAACGGGCAAUCUUCUGCUUGUGUCCUCUGGGAUGGGCUCCUUGGAGUCCAAGAUUGGUGGAAGGAGUAAUUUUUGGCUGCAUACCGGUGAUCAUUGCCGACGACAUUGUACUACCUUUCGCAGACGCUAUUCCAUGGGAAGAAAUUGGUGUUUUUGUGAAUGAAGAGGACGUGCCCAAGUUAGAUACUAUCCUUACCAGUAUACCAGCGGAGGUUAUACUGAGAAAGCAGAGGUUGCUUGCCAAUCCUGCAAUGAAGCAGGCCAUGCUUUUUCCUCAACCGGCUCAACCAGGAGAUGCCUUCCACCAGAUACUGAAUGGCCUCGCUCGCAAGCUCCCACACAACAAGAGCAUCUACUUGCCACCUGGGGAGAAGAUCUUGAACUGGACAGCCGGGCCAGUGGGUGAUUUGAAGCCUUGGUAACGAAAGCCUACUUUCUGCUCACUUUUUCCAACAAAAGCAUGGAUCUCUUUGAUAAACUUUUCCAGAGAGAAGCUCUGACAACGCCGUCGAUCUACCAACGAGUUGCAGAGUCAUAUGAAAUCGAAGCUGUGCUGGAUGGUGCAGUUUUGGGAAGACAUUUAAUUGGAUAUAUUUGUGAAAUCUAAAGUUUUGGCUUCACUUGAUGUUUGCCUGGUGCAUAAUGUAACGAAUCCCCAUGGCUCUGCUAUACUUUUUGGGGUCCUUGCUCUAAAGUAUCAUGCCUGUAAUUCCUGUGAGUCUUACCCUGUCACCGGAAUGCGAAUAUUAGGUGGUUCGUUUUGCAUCUUAGUCGAAGAGGAUCUUUGCACCGCCCUCUUUGAAAUAAACUGUUUUUUUCUUCACCAAAUUUGGUUGUUGAGCCACCAGAAGGCCUGCUUCCCUGUUUAUAUCUGAUGAAUUUCAGAUGAAACUGACGCUCUUUCCAAGUAACGGUACAAUUGCUGAAUAUGACUCAAGCGGAUGUAGGGAUGUCAACGAAUCAUACGUGAAUUCAAUAAUACGCUUAGCCACUUCUGUUUUUCGUAUA